CUACUAUGGCUCGUACAAAGCAAACCGCACGCAAAUCUACUGGAGGAAAGGCUCCUCGUAAGCAGUUGGCCACCAAGGCAGCUCGUAAGAGCGCCCCAGCCACCGGUGGAGUCAAGAAGCCUCACCGUUACAGGCCCGGUACUGUGGCUCUCCGUGAGAUCCGUCGCUACCAGAAGAGCACCGAGCUGCUGAUCCGCAAGCUUCCCUUCCAGCGUCUGGUCCGUGAGAUUGCCCAGGACUUCAAGACCGAGCUGCGCUUCCAGAGCUCCGCCGUCAUGGCCCUGCAAGAGGCCAGCGAAGCCUACCUGGUCGGCCUGUUCGAGGACACAAACCUGUGUGCCAUCCACGCCAAGCGGGUCACCAUCAUGCCAAAGGACAUCCAGCUGGCCCGCCGCAUCCGUGGCGAACGUGCUUAAGCAUCGAGCUUCCUAAUUCAAAACCAACCGGCUCUUUUCAGAGCCACACAACUUCAAAAAAGAGAGAUUUGAUGUCUGUAAUUGGAUUUAAUUAAUAAUAGUUGUUCGACUGUACGUGUACAGUCGCACAACCAUGCUGGACGGCCCUUCCUUAACUUGUCCUUUUACCCCCAAAAGCUUAUUUUUUUUUGCCAGCAAUGCUCCCUCGCCGAGCCCAGCCUACCACUGAAUACACAGGUCCACUCUCUCCCUUUGCCCCCACGGUGUCACUACUCACUAGGAUGCCAGGGCUUUUCUCACUGACCGUACUGGUUUCCUUGUUUCAGACUUCAAAAGUUGGCCUAACGGUAACAAUGUCCACAUGGAAAGGUCUGCCCAAACUUGUCGAAUGUUACCCGAGCUUUUUUUAUAAGUUGGUGGUCCACACAGGACAGAAAAUUCCAUUUAUGUAGGCCUACAUGUAUUACUAAUACUAGUAAUAGGCUCUAUCAAAGGGAAGAAUAGGCCUACACCCCCCCCCCGAAAAAGAAAAGCCUUAGCGCUAG